GGAAAAAAGUUUAUUAAAAGUAUACUCUGUCUUCCUGACUUAUUACAAAGGGUCUUCAGCCUAACCAUACAGGGAGGUAUUGGCUCGGCCCCUAAUGAGCAGGAGGAGUCUGAGACUGACACUUGCAGGGCAUUCUGUCGGUGCCGUCCUGUGUCCCCGCACUAAUAAGAAACGAAUGAUUGUAUGUCACCUCUAAGGACAAGACUCUGUUCCGCCUCAUGUAAGUAGAGCGUGCCGGAGGCAGGACCCUUCCCCUACUCUGCACAGACUUCCAGGUGAGGUUGCUCCGUCCUGUACCAGGGCAGAAGUCCUCAGAGUAGAAGCAUCAGCGCUAUAGGUGCCCUAGGACAAGGCAGCGGUCCUGCAGACUGGCUUCUUCUGCACAGCAGGUCCCCUGAGCUCUCUCUUCCCCCAUGCACCAGUACAUGGCAUUGGCGGCCGCUUAUAUGAUGGUGAUAGUAGGGAAGUACUCGCUGCUGUGAAAUGCAACAGAGUGCCUUUCAUGUUGCUUCAUUUGUUUGAGCAGUGAUACGAUACCAUUCAGGUCUUAGCCUAUGCCACUUUACUAGCACAACCGUAAGUGUUAAUGGAACGCUCCUACUAUUAGAACGCUCAGCAGUCUGAUCCUGGCAUGUGCUGGAGAGUUGCUCAACUGAUGCUCUAGUCUACACCAUGCUGUCACCAGGAUGGACUCUUUUUCUGCCAAUUCUCUUAAAGGCUGUUUGCUCCCAAGAACAAGCUCAUCACGAUCUGGAGCUUCCUCUGCAGUACUACGAUGACAAUGUUAUUGAUCUCUUGGAAGCUCUGAAUGUGACUCGUUCUAUCAAAGGAGUCGUCAAAUCCAAAGGUCGUGACCCGGGUUCUCCUGCCUGGAAAUUUCGAACACGUGUUCCUCACUUAACUCUCCCUUGGGAUUAUUCUGUCUACCUUCUAUCCAGUACACAGGGUUCUAUUGGCCUACAUUUUGUAGCCAAACAAGCCAAGAACAACCAAGGGACAUUGCUGACAUUUCUUUCUCCAGCAGCCACAAAGAGAGAUGGUCAUCCUCUUUUACGUUUAGUCUCCGACACUAAAGCAAAUAACUUGCGUUUAGAGUACCGCUCCCCACAGACCAUGGAACCAGCCUCUCUGCUGCUUCCAGGUGGCUCUCCGUUUUCUGGUUCCAAAUGGACAAGGCUUGCAAUGAACCUUGACACACACAAGGUUACAAUCUUCCUGGAUUGUGAGGAGCCAGUUGUGUUUGGAAAGGAGGGAGAAGAUGAGUUGCUCAGCCUUAUUCUUCCCCUGGAUCUUGAGAUCAGUUUUGCAAGUACUCCAGGGAGCAAAGAGAGCAAAUUUCUGGGUUACUGGCAAACAGCUGAGAUUUCCCCAACCGGAUUCUCCCGCAGACCCUGGCACUGUGAGAACCGCGCAGACUCUCUCCCUCUUCCUUAUUCCUUGUCGGAGGAGCGGCACAUGGAUGAUGAAGAUGUACCCAGGCAGCCUAGAGCUCCAGACUUGUCUGACACACACCAUUACCAGCAGCAGCAGAGUGAGGCUCCCUCAAUUCCCCUCUCACAGGAAGAAAGGAUGCGUAGGCUGGAGGAACUGGUACAGAGUCUGACCAACAUGUUGGACAUGGUGAAAACUCAGAAUGUUGACCUCCAGACAAGGGUAAAAGCUCUGGAGAGCUGUGAAUGCCGUCGACCCUCCUGUUUAUGGGAAGGAAAAGAGUACCAGGAUAGCGAGACCUGGAAGAAAGACACGUGUAACAUCUGCGUGUGUGUGGGCGGCUCAGUAAAAUGCUCACUGCGCAAGGACUGGCCUCAGUGUCUGACUUGCACUUAUGAGGGGAGGACUUACAAAAACAAAGAAACAUUUUCCAUAGGUUCCUGCAAUUCAUGUGCCUGUCAGGAUGGAGAGGUAACCUGUGUCCAAAAGAUAUGUCCGCCAGUGGCCUGUAGUGACCCAGUGACACCACCCAGGGAGUGCUGCCCGCGCUGUAUAACAGGCUGUUCUGAUGGUCACCGGGAGGGCGACACCUGGAAGAAAGACCCGUGUAUAAGCUGUACUUGUCAGAAUGGAACAGUCCAGUGUGUGAGAGAGCGCUGCCCAGACCUGACAUGCUUGAGGAGAUCUAUCCCACCGGGUCAGUGCUGUGCUGUCUGCCAGCAAGGAUGUGAAUACGAGGGCCUGGCAUACAGAAAUGGGGACUACUUCCUUUCACAGAGUAAUUUUUGUUUGAACUGUUCCUGCUUGAAUAAUCUGGUGAGAUGUUUACCUGUUCAGUGUCCAGUAGCUGCUUGCAGCAAUCCAGUACCGACCCCCGGCCAGUGCUGCCCCACCUGCCCAGUGUGUGACUUCAAUGGGCGUCCCUUAUUACCUGGCCAGAACGUUACCACCACUGACGGAUGCCAUCAUUGCAUAUGUCAGGAUGGUGACGUCAGAUGCACGGAUGCUGUACGUUGUCCUCAGACCUGUACUCAUGGUGUGAAACGUGGUUCAUGCUGCCCAGAUUGUUCAGCCUGUGACCUGCAAGGUGAUAUUAUACCCAAUGGAGUCACAUUUCAGGGUAAUGGUGAUCCAUGUGACAGCUGUAUGUGCCAGAAUGGUAAUGUGAAUUGUAUACGAGUGUCUUGUCCGAAGUUAACUUGUGUUCUGCAAGAAGAAGUUCCUGGGGAAUGUUGUAAGAGUUGUCAAGGCUGCAUUGAUGGGACAGUCACACGCAGACAUGAGGAGGAAUGGAGACCACAGGGGGAGCCGUGUCAUAGUUGCCGUUGUAUGGAGGGCAAAGUUCAGUGUAGAAAACGUCACUGUGCCUCUCUGUGCAGAAACCCCGCACCUCCCAGACCAGGAACCUGCUGCCCUGUGUGUGACGGCUGUUCUUAUACUGGUCGAACUUAUCACAACGGUCAAGUAGUAAGAAGCUCUGAUUCCUGUGCCCGCUGCUUGUGUGAGAAUGGAAAUGUCCAAUGUAGUCCUAUACCGUGUAGCCCAACACAGUGUAGAAACCCUGUCCGGAAGCCAGGAGAGUGCUGCCCAAGGUGUGAAGGAUGUGAGUUUGAUUCUCGGACAUAUGGUGAAGGUGAUGUGUUCACAGCUGCACAUGACCCCUGUCUCAGCUGCACGUGUAUGGCCGGAGAGGUUUCAUGUGAUCACCUGGACAGGCGGUGUACUCCUACGCAGUGCAGUCACCCAGGCAAAGCCAAGGGACAAUGCUGCCCAACCUGUGAAGUUUGUGACUUUGAGCGCACAAUAUACUUUGAUGGACAGACGUUCCAGCCCCGGGGACAUGGGCCCUGUCUUCAAUGCAGCUGCACAAAAGGACAUGUGCGCUGUGCAGAGGAGACCUGCCCACCAAUAUCCUGCCCAAACCCAGUGAGAGACCCAGAUAAAUGUUGCCCAGUCUGCAAAGUCUGUGUGCAGGAUGGGGUAGAAUUCUUGGAGGGAGUAGAGUGGGAGCCGGAAGGUGACCCAUGUAGCAGCUGUGCUUGUCUAAAUGGUGACACAGUGUGUGGGGUGAGUCAGUGCCCCCCACUGUCCUGUCUUCACCCAACCCACAAUGAAGGUGAGUGCUGUCCGGUGUGUGAUGUAUGCACCUACAACCAGCAAGUGUACAGCAAUGGAUUGGACUUCACAGACCCAGAUAACCCAUGCCAGAACUGCUAUUGCCAGGAUGGUACAGUCCACUGUACCCCUAUUGUGUGUCCCCCUCUAGCUUGCUCCAGACCAGAGAAGAAGCCUGGCCAAUGCUGUGCCACAUGCCCAGAAUGCAGAUACCAUGACAGUAGCUUCCUAGAUGGAGAACAUUUCUCCAACCCAAUCAAUCAGUGCCAGGAAUGUGGAUGCCAGAAUGGACAUGUGACCUGUGCAGACAGAGGGUGCCCAGGACCUCAGUGUUCAUACCCACUGCCAGGAACCUGCUGUAACAAUAACUGCAAUGGUUGUAACUAUGCUGGUAAAGAAUAUCCCAACGGUGCAGAUUUCCCUCACCCUACCGACAAGUGCCGACAGUGUCACUGCAUUAAUGGUAAUGUGCAGUGUCUGACGAAACGAUGUCCUCCUCUACUUUGUGCUGAGCCAUUCCCAGUUCCGGGAGAAUGCUGCCCGCAAUGCCCAGUGCCACCAGCUGACUGCCCCUACUCUGGAAUCAGUUACAGACACAUGCAACGUUUCUAUGAUCCAUCAGACAAAUGUCGUGACUGUAUCUGUAAUAAUGGCACUGUGACCUGCCAACGCAAGCCCUGUGCCCCUAUACCCUGCACCCAUCCUCUUCAGGGAGACUGCUGCCGAUCCUGUGAUGGUUGUCUUCUAUCAGGAAAAGAGCUCGCUAAUGGUGAGCAGUUCCCAGAGACAUCUGAUCCCUGCAAAAUGUGUGUUUGCUGGGAGGGGAGUGUGAAUUGCCAGCUUAAGACAUGCCCUGUCCUCCAUUGCCCCUAUCCAGCUCCUGGUCAGUGCUGCAAAGAGUGUCAAGAUUGCCAGUAUCUGGGUGAGGUGUACCUGAAUGGCCAAGAGUUUUCAUCCCCGCAGGAUUCGUGUAGUCGAUGUGUCUGUGCCGAUGGUUUUGUCACCUGUAACAAAAAGCCUUGUUAUAAACCCGGCUGUACUCAUCCUAGUACCCCACCAGGAAACUGCUGCCCUGUCUGUGAUGGAUGUUCAUAUAAUGGCGUGGAACUGAUUAAUGGCCAAGCUAUCCCUGACCCUUCUAUCCCAGCUUGUUCGGAGUGUACCUGCAGAGUUGGAUCUGUGCAAUGUAUCCGCAAGAUGUGUCCGCUAACAACAUGCCCACACCCUGUGAUUGGAUCUUGUGACUGCCCACUAUGCCAGGGAUGUCAUUUUCAGGGCCAUAACUUUCUGGAUGGUGAGACUUUCACAUCUCCACAGAGUGAAUGUGAGCAAUGCCGCUGUAUGAGAGGACAUAUUACCUGUGGUCCUCGGCCCUGUGAUAAGGUGAAUUGCCCUCACCCAGGAGAGGAUCCUUGCAUGUGCCCUGUAUGUGAUGGAUGUAACUAUAAUGGUCGUGACUGUAUCAAUGGAGAGAGCUUCCCGGACCCUGAAGAUGAGUGCAGUCGCUGCUCAUGCAGGAAAGGAGAGGUGUCCUGUGUGUCUGUGCCUUGUCCACGUGUGUCAUGUUUACAUCCAGUGACUCCACCAGGGGAGUGUUGCCCACGCUGCAUGGGAAUAUGUAAGCACAAUGGACGGACCUUCCAGAAUGGAGAGAAGUUCCAGCAACCUGAAGACAUUUGUAACCAGUGUACCUGUAGGAAUGAAAUGGUGACAUGCCAGCGUGUUCUGUGUGCCCAAGAUUGCAGUCAUCCAGUGCCCUCUGUGCCACCCUCUUGCUGUCCUGUGUGUGAUCGUUGCUUCUAUGAAGGAAAAGAAUACUCUAACAGGCAGACAUUUUCAUCUUUAUCUGAUCCAUGCCUCCGCUGUGUGUGUCUGGAAGGCAGUGUCACAUGUACCCAUGUAGUUUGUCCUCAAGUCUACUGUGCCAGCCCCGUUACAAAGCCUGGUCAAUGCUGCAAAGAAUGCCCAGUGUGUCGAUAUCAAGGGAAAGAAUACAGUGAUGGUGCACGCUGGGUGCCCCCGUCAGACCCAUGUCUGCAGUGUACAUGUUCAGCAGGAAGUGUACAGUGUGAGCCUCCUACAUGUCCCCCUCUGCCGUGUACCCAGCAGGUGACAGACCCUGGGGCUUGCUGUCCACGCUGCAGAGGCUGUGUAUAUAAUGGCCGCGAAUACAAAGACAACAGUAACUGGGUUUCCAGUGUGGACCGCUGCAUGACCUGCAUGUGUGUAGAUGGAGUUACUACCUGCUCCAUGUUACAGUGCGUCACAUCCUGUACUAACCACAUAACACUGCCUGGAGAGUGCUGCCCAUUUUGUGCAGACUGUAAAUCUAAUAGAAGAGUGUAUGUUCCUGGUGACAGCUUUCAUCCAUCAGAUGACCCCUGUGAGAUCUGUACAUGUGAGCGCUUACCAGAUGGUCGCCAGUAUAGACGCUGCAGCAGAAAGCAGUGUCCCAGCCUCUUGGACUGUCCCCGGAGCCAUAUCUUGCCACCAGCAGUGGGUCAAUGCUGUGCCAGCUGUGCCCAGGCUCUGAGCAAUUGUACAGAUUUACUGGUGGGAAGCGAGAUACAGGCCAUCAAUGAUCCUUGUUACACCUGCAUGUGCAAGGAUUUAACAUGGGUAUGUGAGCAUAAAGCAUGCCCUGUCCUGAGCUGCCCUCGAUCAGAGCAGAUCACGCAUUCUGGAUCAUGUUGCCCAGCCUGUAAAGAAUGCGUGGUUGAGCUUGAAGGAAGACGGGUUCCCAAUGGAGAGACUUGGACAGACGGACUAGAUCCCUGUAUCACAUGCACAUGUACUCUGGGACAUGUUGACUGUGAAAUACAGGAAUGCCCUCCUACGCAGUGCCAACAAGGGGAGCUGAGAGUCAGGACACCUGGGACAUGCUGCCAUGUCUGUCAGGCUCCCGCUGUAGCCUGCUGGUAUCAAGGCCAGAGGUACUUGUCUAAUGAGCAUUGGCAGGUGGAUGAAUGUACAGCCUGUACCUGUGUUUCCGGGGAGGUGCACUGCCACAGUGAAAGGUGUCCCCAAGUCUCCUGUACUGCCGAUGAGACUCCAGCACUGAUCCCUGGCAUGUGUUGCCCCCAUUGCAUCCCUCGCCCAGCCACCUGCAUUGCUUUUGGAGACCCACACUACAGGACCUUCGAUGGUAAGAUGUACCACUUCCAAGGUAGCUGCACCUAUGUCUUAAGCGAAGACUGUGAAGGAGGAGACUUCAGUGUUCAUGUGACAAAUGAUGACCGUGGACAGCGUGGCGUGUCCUGGACUAAGGAAGUGACUGUACUGAUUGGGGAUGCUGUGGUCCAGCUUCUUCAAGACUGGGUGGUGGUGGUUGAUUACCAGACUGUAGAGCUGCCUUUCCUAAAAGAACCUUAUAUAUACAUUGAGAGAAAGACAAACACCAUUCUGCUGAACAGUAACAUUGGAGUGAAGGUACAAUGGAAUGGGCGUUCUCACCUGGAGAUCAGUGUCCCUGGGACAUAUCGGGACCACCUCUGUGGUCUCUGUGGAAAUUUUAACAAUUACCCUCAGGACGAUCUGCGUGACCGCAGAGGGCAGAUUCUUCUGUCUGAGGCUGCUUUUGGAAACAGCUGGAGGGUUCAAAGUGGCAAUGACACCACCAGUGGGUGCUGGGAUGGGCAAGAUGUGGAUCCCUGUAAACAGGCUGGAUAUCGUGCCAGAAAGGAAGCCAACGAGCGCUGCAAAUUACUGAAGAAAAGUGUGUUUGAGCCAUGUCACAGAGUGGUCCCUCCUGAGAUGUUCUUUGCAUCAUGUGUGUACGAUCUGUGUGCCUGUGGUGCAGGAGAUGAGUGUCUCUGUGAUGCUCUAGAAGCCUACGCAUCAGAGUGCCGAGAGGCUGGUGUCAUCUUACAGUGGCGAUCUCCAGCUCUAUGUGCUGUCGGCUGCCCUCAUGACAGAGGUUACGUGUUUGAUGAAUGCGGCCCUCCUUGCCCCAAGACCUGCUUUAAUAAAGAUGUUCCUCUGGGAGUUCUGGAGUCUCACUGCUUUAAGCCAUGUGUUCCCGGGUGUCAAUGUCCAGCAGGACUGGUAGAACAUGAGUCCCACUGCAUCCCUCCUGAGUCCUGUCCGAAGAUCAUACAUGGAAACCUGUGAGAACAGGGGGACCAGCAUACAUGAAUAUGAAUGUGUAAACCAGAGCUAUUCUACAGUAUAUAUCUGUGGAGAAGAAUCGCUUAUAGACUGUUGUGGCCACAGCGUGGACAGGUUAUGUCAACCGCACUCAUCACAUUUCUGUUGUCAGUUCACAUAAUAUUCCCAUGUCUUUUCCUUCUUCUCUUUCACCAACUUUCUACAUUUCUAGAAUAUUAGCCAAAAUGUCGAUUCUGGAGGAGAUGGAAGAAACAGAGCAAGACGUGCACAGAUUUGUAUAGCAUUAUUUUAUUAUGCCACAUGAAAAUAAAAUUGUGAUUGGGUCAGAAGCUAGAAAAGCUCUUGCACUGGAUUUCAUUUAUCUGAAAUUGUUUCACUACUAUUUUGUUCACUAUUUAAAAACCAAGAAGAGUAUAAACUAUUUUUUAGAGUAAAAUGUACCCAAUGUUGUAUGCAGGUGAAUAGGUGUUUCAUUUCCCAUCUUUGAUCUCAGGAAAUGUAAUCAGUGCGCCGCAAAGCCUGGUUAGAGUCAACGGAAGACAAGUAAUAAUGGUAUUAAAGAGAAAUCGGCUGCAUCUAUAUUUCCUUCCUGUUACUUUAAUGAACCGUUUCAUAUGCCAGGGAAAUGUAUGUUUUCUAAGAUGAAUGAACUUUGGUUUGUUUGUUUAUUUCUUCUUUUACAACAGUGGAUAUAACAUAUUGUUUUAAAGAAUCGUGGGGAAAUGGAACAUGCAAUAUUCACAUAAAGGUGCAUUUUUAGAGAGAAUCCUGCAAAAUAGUUUCAGAGCAGCACUCUGAUUUCUUCCCUAAAAAGAGUCUGACCCUUACUUUUCUACUGAACCUUGCCCGAUAAAACUUCCCUAGCUGGGCAUAACACUAAACAGUUAAUAAUAGAAACCUAAAGAAGCUACAGAUGGCAUUGUUCGAAAUUUCAAUACAUUCCAUGCUAACACAAUUACCAGUACUUUCUUUGAAAAGAACUGCACAUAAAGAUUUAUCUAUACAGUGACAUUUUCUAAACAGCCCCAAUGAUUUGUUAGAUGUGUAUGGGAAAGAAGACACGUUGAUUGAAAUCAGCAGAUGAGAUGGUAACCCUACGAUGAUCAUUUCCAAGGCAUAAAAUGGGCAAUGCACAGUACAAAAUCCUCUAUGAUAGUGCUUUCUGCCAAGUGCACUAGAUUUCCGGUUUAUAUCCGCCAACUGGAAGAUCUGAAGUAAGGACGUUCCUUGCAAUGCAUAAAGUAGGCACAUACUGUAAGUGCACUGAGCUUUGCUGAGCAGUUCACAAAAGAGAUUACAAUCCGUGGAGCGAAAUCAUUGAAAAGGGGAAAAGUGGUAGAUAGGAUGUAUAUUUAUUGGUGUCUCCUAGCUGUGCAGGCCAGUGCACAGCCAAUUUCAGUCUCUAACAAGACGUAAUAUGUGCACCAGCUCUUAGCUGGCAAAGACUGGGGGGGGGUGUAUUAUAAUAGGGUACACAUUUGUAAAUGUACACAUUUUAUCUUGGAUUUUGAAGCAUUAUUUAAAGUAUCUUUUAAAAAAAAAAAAGGAAAACCUGGUAACCUAGUUUGCUUCUAGAAAUAUUGCUGUAUAUCCAGCUGCACAACAGCAGUAACGUUGUAACAUUUACAAACGUAUACCCUUUACUUUCCCCCUGUAUCUUAUCCUAUAAGGGAAUGCAUCUUGCGUUGUCCACUUGAAUCAUUAUUUAUAAUCACACUUUGCAUGGUUAUCUAGUAUGGGACUCACACAAUUCUGUUAGUUGAGCAAGAUGUUGACUAGAAAUAAAUUGUAGAUGGGAUUCUCAUUUACAAGCAUUGGCACAGGAAGUAGCUUUACCUUACUGUGAGAGGAACAUGGGCUCACACCUGCUGCUCACUAGUUCCCCUACAUUCGUGAAAACCACUGUUUUUUUAUACGUAUAGAUUUCUAUAUUUAUAUAUCCACUUUUAUGACUUUGUAUUCACAAGAUUAUGCCAUGUCCUGAUUUAUAUUUAUUGUUCUGUAUGCGAUAAUUAAUAAAGAUGGUUUUAGUUCUGUUUCAGAA